AGAAAGGCAAAAAAGCCAAAAUGCGUGAGCAAAGAGGAACAAGGGACAAGGCUUCCGGCCAGGCCAGGCACUGACUAGCAUCUUGUCAAGAUCCGCCCACCUGGUGAGGAGGAGCCUUUCCCAAUCUUCGGUAUAUAGAUGUCCUUGACGCCCCCAACUUUUCCUCCGCCCACCCAGCCUAGUGUAAAGACGUUAUAACCUCUCGAUCCCAUCGACACAAAAAGGAACCAAAGGUUUCUUGUCUUGUCUUGUUCCAAGAUUCACACAUUCACACUCACCUACAUACAUAACCACCCCUCGUCCUCCUCCUCCUCCUCACACCUUCGUCUUUCUCCUCUACCGCCAAACACUCGCUUGGUUUUCUUUCAUCUUUCUGCAUAUGUUUCUAUCCCGAGAUAUAUAGCACAAUAAACAUCAACAGCCAGCCUCCUGUUUCCUGUCUGCCUGCACCAAGCGCCAUCACACAGCAGCAGCAGCAACAACAACAACGACAACAACACCAGGACGCGGUUUUGUUCAGAAGAAGAAUUGACGACAAAAAGAAAAGAAAGCUCUUGUGGUUUAUGCAAAGAGAAGAGACUGUCAACCAACGAGCAACACCAACCACAGCAAUGACUGACGCCUACAACUUGUUUGCUCAGCAAGAAAGCUAUCCCGAGCACAACGCCAUCUUCUCCCCGUCCUCCAUGGACCUGCCCAUCUCCCCCGAGACCUUCGCCACAUAUUCCCACUCGGAGCAAGAUCUCUACCGCAACAUCACCUCGACCUCGAUCCCCAACUACGUCCUCAGCAGCCACGGCUCGCCAGGCCUCUACCCUGACGACGGCGACCUUCGCCGCUCCCCUGCUGGCCUCUCCGCCUCUGCCACAUCCGCUCCCUCCUCAUCAGCGGGCUCGCCUCCUUCACACCACGGCCAGUUUAUGCCUGCUGUAACAGACUGGAACGGUGCCCAGCAGCCCUUGACGCUCCAGCUCGGUCAGGAAAUCAUGUCGGAUUAUCCCACCUUUUCUGGCGCCAACAUGGAUGAUUUGGCUGCCUUUGACUUUACAACAAAUACCAAGACUUUUGUCGAUCCUGCUCUCAUCCAGCAUGAGAUGAACCACAACUCCAUGGUCAUGUCGCCAUACGACACCACCUUCCACAACCACCUCCACGCCUAUCCCGUUCCUUCUUCCACCGCCACCUCUCCUCAUGCCCGAAGCUCCGCCUCUCCCUACAUGCAGAACCCAGCAUACCACACAGGCUACGGCCAGGCCAAGAGCCCCUUUGGCACACCAAUGGACCUCCGACGCACAAGCUUUGCGCCCAGCAUGACAUCGCCCAACGGCGAGUACCAGAGCGGCGACGAGGCCAAGGAGAGACAGCGCUGCACAUAUCCCGACUGCGGCAAGUACUUCAAGGAUCUCAAGGCACAUAUCCUGACGCACCAGACGGAACGUCCUGAAAAGUGCCCCAUCCAGACCUGUGAAUAUCACACCAAGGGCUUUGCUCGCAAAUACGACAAGAAUCGCCACACCCUCACUCACUACAAGGGCACCAUGGUCUGCGGCUUCUGCCCCGGCUCGGGAUCUGCAGCCGAGAAGUCCUUCAACCGCGCCGAUGUCUUUAAGCGCCACUUGACCACAGUCCACGGCGUCGAGCAGACACCGCCCAACAGCCGCAAGAAGGCUCCCGCUGCCGUCAACCCUGGCAAGAAGCUGGCUGGUUACCCCUCGGAUGCUACCGGCAAGUGCAGCACCUGUUCUCAGACCUUCUCCAACGCUCAGGACUUUUACGAGCAUUUGGACGACUGUGUGUUGCGCAUCGUUCAGCAAGAAGACCCUGCCGAGGCCAUCAACGCCCAGCGUUUGGCCGAGGUUGAGCACGACGCCAGCGUCGCCCAGACUCUGGAGAAGAACCAUCUUCCUCUGGAUACCCAGACCAUUGAUGAGGCUCUGGGCGAGGACGACGACAUGGACUUUGACUAUGGCGAGGAUGGCGACGACUCCAAGCGCCGCGGUGGCAGCAUGCAGAAGCGCUCUUCUGGCGCCGUGACCAAGACCCGCGGCCGCAAGAACCGCCGUGACUACCCUUCUUCAUGGGGCUUCGACAAGGGCCAGAUGAAGAUGAAGAAGCGCAUCAUGGCUGUGUUUGACGGCAAGCAGCGCCUGGCCAAGGACGACAUGAUGCUGUCCACGGACCACGAGGUGCGCAUUAAGCUGUCUGACGGCAAGUCGUACGUCACCGAUCUCGAUGUCCAGACCAUGAAGCGCGCCGAGGGCUUCCUGCAGCCCGAGGAUGAGCGCGGUGCCUGGGUCGCCGACGAUCCCACUGAGGAGCAGCUCAAGGAGAUGCAGCGCAUGCUCGAGACGGGCAUCACUGAGUAAAUCUCCCUCCCCUUUCUUUAUACAAUGACAACAAAUCUCCCCGUCCGCCCCAGUACACGAUAGGCACGGACGCAAGCGUGCGUUUCAUAUGAGCGGAAUAUUAUAUACACCCCGGGGACGGCGGGUUCCCCGGAACAGCAUGGCGACUUGGCGUAAUAGGACCCUGGUGGGACUAUAAACUAUUUUUUUUUUCUGAUUUCUUUUUGGAAACGAGUUGUUUGCUUGUUCGUUUCUGAUAUGAACAUCUCCAACUACUGAUUUUGGACUGCGUUUGUUUCUUGUUUUUUCCCCUCAUGAGACUACCUCGAGCUGUGUGUUAUUACAUGUGUUUUUUUGUGCUUUUUUUGGUUAUGAGAAGAGGGGUGUCGAGUCCAAGAAUUGUGUGAUACCCAAACAAUAUAUUACUAGCAAUAUUUAAUCAUAUACACUGCUGUACAAUUAA